CAAAAUAUUUUGCUCCUCAUUUUCAUGUGAGAUGAUUUGUUGGUUAUACUCAAGAGUUUAACGUUUCUUUCUUAUUGUGCACACUCUUUCUCUUUUUCUUUAAUCAUCUUCAAUGAUGUUUGGCUUUAAGAAUGCUCAAGUUAAUCUGUUGUUUUUUAUCAUCAUCUCCAUAACAGCACAUGAGGGUUUUGUUUAUAUCCACAGAAUAAGAAAUUCAUCUGUUGACAUUUCCUGUGAAUCAGUAAAGAAAGAGGACAAACCGUUUGCCUUUUCACUGAAACGCAGAUUGCUGCAGUCCAGAUCAGUGCUGUAUCUUUCUAAAGGCUUAUCAGCAAUCAUCAGUGAGCCUGUGGACAAAGAUCGCAUUACUGUCCGUGAUGAGUUAGACAACCGUACAGUCCAUCUUAGAAUCUCAAACCUUCAAGGACGGGAUACAGAUGUGUACUACUGUGAAUUUCACUAUAGUGAUUUUCCAUUUGAUAAGAAUAUUCCUGGCAAAAUGGAGUUCUUUAUCUAUGUUGAAGACUUGACUCAUGAGCCCUGCAGUUGUUUAGGUUACCUGCUACUGCUGUAUGUGAUCUCGGGCGCUGCAUGUCUGCUGGGUCUUCUGGUGGUCACCCUCGUCACAGCUUAUUGCUGUAAGUUUCCUAACCGUAAAAAACCACAACCUGUCGUUCCUGUUUAUGAGGAGAUGGCUGGGGUGUGGCCAGCCAAAAGAACAGCCACCAGCCGUCAUGUGGAUAUCACAACACUGGAGGAGGCAAUUGACUCCACCUUACUCAGUAAGGAAAACAUCUAUGUGAAGUCUAAUUCAGUGAAAUGUAGUGAAUGAGGUGUUCACACAGAGCUCACUCUUCUGGGGUUCACUCAUGAUGUCAUGCCACGGGGCAUUGCUGAAUCAUCACUGGCAGUUUUAAGUUGUAUGUUAGAAAAAAAUUGUCUUUUCAUCUCAUGUUUUAUACAACCAAACUGGUUACUCAAGACAUUUUUAUUACAACAAAAAAAGAAUGUCAGCUUGUCAACAUGUCUGAAUUUUUGUCUGUAGCACAACACAGAUAAAGGAGUAGUUAAAUCAAAAAUUAAAGAUUUAUCAUUAUUUACUCACAGUCAUGCCUUCCCAGAUGUGUAAGACUUUUGUUUUGUUUUUUCUACAGAGAACGCAUCCAAAGAUUUUUAGAAGAAUAUCUCAGCUCUGUAUCUCCAUUCAAUGCAAAUGAAUGGUGAUCAGACCUUUGUAACUUAAAAAAAAAAAAAAAAAAAAAAAAAAAAAAUCACAUAAAGGAAACAUAGAAGUAUGACAUAUGACUCCAGUGUUGAAAUCCAUAUCUUCAGAAGCGAUAUAAUAGGUGUGGGUGAGAAACAGAAUAAUAUUUAAGUCCUUUUUUACUCUAAAUCUCCACUUUAACUUUCAGAUAUGAAAGUGAAACUGAACAGGCAUUUGGAGUAAAAAAAAAAAAAAAAAAAAAAAAGGGCUUACAUUUUGAUCUGUUUCUCACCCACACCUAUUAUACUGCUUCUGAAGAUAUGGAUUUAUCCACUGGAGUGAUAUGGACUACUUUUAUGUUUCCUUUAUGGGACGUUUGAGGCUACAAAGGUCUGAUCACCAUUCACUUGCAUUGUAUGGACCUAUAGGCCUGAGAUAUUCUUCUAAAAAUCUUUGUGUUCUGCAGAAGAAAGAAAUUCAUACACAUCUGGGCUGGCAUGAGGGUGAGUAAAUGAUGAGAGAGUUUUCACUUUUGGGUGAACUAUCCCUUUAACAAAAAUCCUUCAAGAUAACUUCUAGUUAGUCAAAAAAAUUGAGAAGACCUGAAAACAAAAAUAAUUUAUAAAGGUGACAGCUUUGUAUUGCUAUUUUUGUUUUUCUCCCUUGUGUACGACCAAAUCCGAAAAAAAAAAAAAAAAAAUUCUUUACUUGAAAUGAAGGGUGAAUGUGGCUAAAACCUUUUGUGUUUUAUCAAAGAAAGUCAUACAGUAUACAGAGCUUGGAACAACAUGAACAUGAGUAAAUUACAACAUUUUCAUUGAACUAUACCCUUUUCUUUCCAUUGUCUGUCAGGCAACUUCUAAGUGGAAAAAAUGUGAUAUCACAAAAUACACUGUUGCAAGACCUGUUUAUUGAAAAGUUUAAAAAAAAAUUAAAAUAAUAAAUAAAAUUGACAAGGGAAAAAGCCUGUUCAUAAGCUGUUUACAUAAUUAAAAAAGACCUUUGUCUAUACCUAUAAAUCUACUAAUGUAUCACACUGAAGCUUGCAAAUGGAGUCCAGAAGAUUCAGUGUUUGUACAGCUUGACAUUAACCUAGACAGAAGCUGCAGCUUCCUGUCUUGUCAUUUAGUGGUAAAAAUACAUUUUAACCAUAUAACUAACAGUCCACCUCACAGUUUGAGAUAAAAAAUGUAUGUGGAUAUGCAAAGCAAGUGUAUUUUUACAUGUUUAACGUGUUGAGAUAAAUGCUGUUUUCAUUAACAUGGCAUCAAAUAAAUAUGCUUUCAUUAUUUACAUACCA